AUGGCCGCGGCGGACGAGCUCACUUUCCACGAGUUCCAGGAAGCCACUGAUCUCUUGGCUGAAACCCCGGAUGCGGCCACCACGAGCCGAAGCGACCAGCUGACCCCACUGGGGCACGUGGCAGUGGCCAUGGACUCCGGUGGUAGCUAUGGAGCGGAGGAUGGGGAGGAGGACAGUGACAAGGCUGCGCUCUUGCAGGAGGGCGAGCAGCAGCCGCAGCAGCCGGGGUUCUGGACCUUCAGCUACUAUCAGAGCUUCUUUGACGUGGACACCUCACAGGUCCUGGACCGCAUCAAAGGCUCGUUGCUGCCGUGGCCUGGACACAACUUUGUACGGCACCGUCUGCGGAAUCGGCCAGACCUGUACGGCCCCUUCUGGAUCUGCGCCACACUGGCCUUUGUCCUGGCCAUCACUGGCAACCUGACUCUGGUGCUGGCCCAGAGGAGGGACCCCUCCAUCCACUACAGCCCCCAGUUCCACAAGGUGACUGUGGCAAGCGUCACCAUCUACUGCUACGCGGGGCUGGUUCCACUGGCACUGUGGGGCUUCCUGCAGUGGCGCAGGGGCGUCCGGGAGCGCAUGGGGCCCUACUCCUUCCUGGAGACGGUGUGCGUCUAUGGCUACUCCCUGUCUGUCUUCAUCCCCACGGUGGUCCUGUGGCUCAUCCCUGUCCCGUGGCUGCAGUGGCUCUUUGGGGUGCUGGCCCUGGCCCUGUCAGCUGCCGGCCUGGUGUUCACCCUCUGGCCUGUUGUCCGGGAAGAUACUAGGCCUGCUGCCGCUGCACUCCUGUCCACGGUGGUGCUGCUCCACGCUCUCCUGGCCCUGGGCUGCAAGUUGUACUUCUUCCAGCCGCUGCCUCUGGAUCACGUGACACCGCCACAAGCCACACUCGCACCGCCCCUCACAGUGCAGCCACCUAACCUGUCACAGCCCAACUCUGGCCCUGCAGGCAAACCAUAA